UAAUACGAUAGAAAGUGAAGCUUUCGGACCUCGCACAAACAAUAUACCAAAGUUGUCCGUUGCGGCGGCGACGCUUCAAAAGCGCUGUUCUUCAUUGAUUCCUUGAGACACGUGCGAUUGGGUUUAAAUUAUAGGGAGCAACAGAAACAAGAUCCUAUGAAAGAGAAAACAAAUGCCAAAUACUACUAAUCAAUUAUUUUUUCGAAAAGCAUAUGCGCAGCGCCGAACCUAAAUCCGUCUGCUUGAAUAGUUGGUGGGUAGGUGCGCUCACCUUCUUCAUUCUACUCUAUAUUCACUACUUGUGCACUCGGCAAGAAAUUCCCAACUCCUUUUCUGCAGAAAAAUGCUAUCUUUAAACCUUCUUCCGCCCUCAAAUGUCACUCUCUCAAAACCCAGCAGCAGACACCGGAUUAACGCCUCACUUCUGGAUCGAAACAGAGCUCAAUCGCUCAGAAAUCCGGGUCAUGGAUUCCCGCUCGAAUCCCCCAUUUGCCGGAUCUCCGAAUCAAGAUCAGAUUUUGGGAGAUUUCUGGUGCACCCAUUUUCAAGAUUGCCCUCUCAGAAGCUCGGGGCAGCAACCGGAGCCCCGCAAGAAUCGAGCCCGGAUGGCGAAAUCGGAUCCCCGAAGCCCGGCAUGAACAAGAAGCUAGCCGUUGUUUUCGGGCUGUGGUAUUUUCAGAACAUUGUAUUCAAUAUUUACAACAAGAAGGUUUUGAAUAUUUUCCCAUAUCCAUGGCUUCUCGCAUCGUUUCAGCUAUUUUGCGGUUCUGUUUGGAUGUUAAUGCUCUGGUCUUCGAAGCUGCAGCCAUGCCCCAAAAUAGAUAAAUCUUUCAUUAUUGCGCUUCUUGGACCUGCACUUUUCCACACUGUAGGCCACAUUUCCGCUUGUGUUUCAUUCUCUAAAGUUGCUGUUUCUUUCACUCAUGUCAUCAAAUCUGCUGAGCCUGUUUUUACCGUUAUGUUUUCUUCUUUAAUUGGUGAUUCGUAUCCAUUGAAAGUGUGGCUGUCGAUCCUCCCUAUCGUGUUUGGUUGCUCAUUGGCUGCUGUGACUGAGGUUUCCUUCAAUUUUGGGGGUCUUUGGGGUGCUAUGAUUAGUAAUGUAGGAUUUGUGCUUCGUAAUGUUUACUCUAAGAAGAGCUUGCAUCGUUUCAAAGAGGUGAACGGCUUGAAUUUGUAUGGUUGGAUUACCAUUCUUUCUCUGUUUUAUCUGUUCCCGGUGGCCGUGUUUGUGGAAGGCUCGCAGUGGGUUGCAGGCUACCAUAAGGCCAUUGCAAGCAUUGGAAAUCCGUCGACCUUUUACCUUUGGGUGUUAAUAUCUGGGAUAUUCUAUCACCUCUAUAACCAGUCCUCGUAUGAAGCCCUCGAUGACAUUAGCCCCCUCACCUUCUCUGUUGGGAAUACCAUGAAGAGAGUGGUCGUCAUCAUAGCUAGUGUCUUGGUUUUCAGGAACCCCGUCCGACCACUCAAUGCACUUGGAUCUGCCAUUGCCAUUUUUGGGACCUUCUUGUAUUCGCAGGCAACAGCCAAGAAGCCAAAGAUUGAAGGAGCUGAGAAGAAGGACUAGAAUUGAAGGUGGUUGGUGCUUUACAUUUUAUGUUGGUUUAGAAGUUGGACUCUUUUGCUUGUCUUCAUAUUCUUGCUUGUUAGGAAGUUUUGACUGCACAAUGCUUUUUAUAUCAAUUCUAAUUGUUAUCCGUGAAGUGGUGAAUGAUCUGGGAUGAUGAUGGUUAACAGCUUUCUAUUAUUCAAGAAAAUACAUUCAAGUCAUAAAUGUAUUCCUUUGUUGUAACUGGAAAUACAUUUGAUUCUUGCAUUUCCAA